ACCUCCCACUGUGUCAAAGCGUGUUUGUUGUUUUUCGUUUUGCUUGCUCUCGCGCAUUGCCUUUUCGCAUCAACACAACAAGACCCCGCUCUAGCGUUGAGCGAGAAAAAUCAGUAAAUUCUUUACACCAAAUAUGCCGCAGGCUUAAAGAAUAUAGCGUAGUAUCCAUUUAGUGUAAGCACGCAGUUGUACCGCAAGGUAUUAGUCAUCGGAUUCACAAUUGCUCGCCGUAAUCGCCCCAAAAUGUCUCCUUCGGAAACGUCCGCUUGUGAGGAUUUAAAAGCGUUCGAGAGAAGACUGACGGAAGUGAUUGCCUGCCUGCAGCCACCGACACUAAGGUGGAGGCUGCUCCUGGGUAUAACGGCGUUGGUCACAUUCAUCGGUGCAUUUUACUGGCUAACGGAUCCACGCACCUCGAUCGUACCGUUGAUGGAAUCGUUGCUGAAUCAUUCAAUUUUCACCAUAUCAACCAUCAUUCUACUGAUCCUUUUCGUGUUCGGUAUUCACAAGCUCGUGAUUGCCCCACAAAUUAUUACGUCGCGCACGAAAAAUGUACUGGCCGAGUUCAACAUGUCCUGUGACGAAACGGGCAAGCUUAUAGUUCGUCCUAGGCCCCAAAAUAACUCCCGGUACAUGGACAUUAGUUAAGCUGGGCCACCCUUCCCCAAACCAGAAAACUUUACUACAGCUUGCCCACCCCACUUGACUUGUCGGCGCCGUGUAAAUAGAAGCCAAUUCAAACUCAUUUUGUUGCUUCCUGACCAACCACCUCCAUAUAUACACCACAGAGCAAUCCGGUAUCGAGUGACUUUUCCGAUUAGUUUAUUUAGUUUUCCUGCUGCACGCUCUACAGUUUGCGUGUUUGUACAUUAUACGCUUUUUGAUUGAAAAUAAACAGAUUCAAUUAAACAAUCUCGUCA